UAAAUAAAGCAAAAGAUAAAUAGGAGUAACAAAUAGUACUACUACUAACAAUUUUGUUUUAUUAGGAUAUAAUAAUUUUAAGAUAUUCUGCAAAUUACGUAAAUUAAAAUCACUUACUAUCAUCAAGUUAGGUCAGGUGACUUCCACUACUUUCUCCGGUCGGCGAUCUUCCGGCGUUCCACGUGGCGGCGGAACUACAGUGGCAGCUCUAACCGGAACCCUAAAUCGGGCAAUUUCAAAUGAGGGCCCGGUUAAUUGGAUGACCACCGCUCUCCCGAUCUACUGGUCAAGCAUCUAAAAGUCUUCAUUGAUGGCUGAAAUUAAAGAACGCCUGCUUCCACCAAAACCUGCAUCAGCAGCAAAUCUUAGAGAAUUAUCUUAUAGGCCGCCUAUCUCUGGUCGUCAGCCUUUUCAAGGUAUAGAUGUCUUGGGCCUUAAGAAGCGAGGUCAAGGACUUCGAUCAUGGAUUCGGGUUGAUACAUCUGGCAAUUCCCAGGUCAUUGAGGUUGACAAAUUCACCAUGAUGCGUCGAUGCGACCUUCCAGCUCGUGAUCUACGUCUAUUAGAUCCAUUGUUUGUUUACCCAUCAACAAUCCUUGGCAGGGAGAAGGCAAUUGUUGUAAAUCUUGAGCAGAUUCGAUGUAUCAUUACAGCUGAUGAGGUUCUCCUUUUAAAUUCUCUCGACAGCUAUGUCCUGCAGUAUGUAGUGGAGCUGCAGCGGCGGUUGCAAGCUGCAGGAGCAGGUGAGGUUUGGCAGUCAGAAGGUGAGUUGAGCAGAAGAAGAGGAGGAAGCAGGAAUAUCGACAAUAUGUUUGGUACCCCAUCACCGGAUUAUUUGCCCUUUGAAUUCCGAGCUCUUGAAGUUGCACUGGAGUCAGCUUGUACUUUUCUUGAUUCUCAGGCAGCAGAACUAGAGAUUGAAGCAUACCCAUUGUUGGAUGAACUUACAUCUAAAAUUAGUACCUUGAAUUUGGAAAGAGUUCGUAGAUUGAAAAGCAGGCUUGUUGCCUUGACUCGUAGAGUUCAGAAGGUUAGAGAUGAGAUUGAGCAGCUAAUGGAUGAUGAUGGGGACAUGGCUGAGAUGUAUCUCACUGAGAAGAAAAGCCGGAUGGAAUUGUCUUGCUAUGGAGAUCAAUCUUUACUUGGCUACAGGUCAACAGAUGGUGCAUUGUCUUUGUCUGCUCCAGUCUCCCCUGUUUCUUCACCUCCUGAGAGCAGGAGGCUUGAAAAAAGCUUGAGCAUAGCAAGAAGCAGGCAUGAAAGCAUGAGAAGUUCGGAAAGUGGCGCUGAGACUCAGAGUAUAGAAGAGCUGGAGAUGCUCUUGGAGGCUUAUUUUGUUGUGAUUGACAGCACUCUCAACAAGUUGACAUCGUUGAAGGAGUAUAUUGAUGAUACAGAAGAUUUUAUUAACAUUCAACUGGAUAAUGUCCGGAAUCAGCUUAUACAAUUCGAGUUGCUGCUUACAACUGCAACCUUUGUGGUUGCCAUCUUUGGGGUUGUGGCAGGAAUUUUUGGGAUGAAUUUUGAAAUACCAAUGUUUAAUGAACCAAAUGCAUUUAAAUGGGUCUUAAUUAUUACAGGUGUAACUGGAGCAGUGAUAUUCAUAUCCUUUUUAUGGUUCUUCAAACAUCGAAGAUUGAUGCCACUGUAGAUGCUUGAGAGCACAGCUAAUCGAGAAUACACCCAGUGCAAGUAAAGAUGACGGCCUGCUAGUGAUAUUUUUGAGGCAUUGACAGUGGAUCCUAUAUGUGGAAUAAAUAUACGAGCCUACAAGCAAUUAGUGUUUCAGAGAAGACCAGUAUCUGUCAAUGCUAUGUACCAGAAAAGCUGAUAGAUCACUGAGUUGUGGAAUAUUCUUGCCACUAGUCCUUGUAGCCUAAUGGUAGUUUCAAAGUUCUAGUACGUUACUCAUUAUAAUAGCAUUGUAUUCUUGGAGUUCAAAAGAAUGAAAAUGGGCUAUUCUUGUCAAAAGCAACCAUUUCCAAUCAUAUAGCAACCAGCUUGAAAAUGCCAAAAACUUAGGUAUCGGUAUGGAAAGUGACUUUUGAUCUGUAUUCGAACUGCUUCGGUGUCAAUAAAGUGCAAGCUGAAUUUGAAGGGGAAAGAAAAUACGCAAUUGGAGUUGUUAGUUUCUCAACAAAAUGAUGUACAUGGAUUAACGUAAUUUCUAGUAUAUCUUUUCAACAUCAUUCGUGAUGUGCAGGGCACGAUACAAAACCAAUCUUCCAUAAUCUUGGUUCUAGAGUAAACAAAAUGUCUUCAGUAAUGCCAGCAACAGUUUUUGUACUAUACUAAAAGAGUGAGUGAGAAUGAGUUGCUCAAACUCUUCAAAAAUGUUGACCUGUGUUGGAUCCUCUAAAAACGUAUUAUUCUUGAAGAUUCUGACACGUGCCCCAUGAUAUUUUUGAAGAGUCUGAGCAACUUAGAUUUCAACAUUGCACUGCUUUUGAAGAUCGCGUGAGAAGAUUCCGACACGCGUCGCAUGAUAUUUUUGAAGGGUCUAAGUUACUUAGGUUUCAACAUGUGCGCUUAGUGUGAAUUUAUUUAAAAUUAGGGGCAUCUUAGUCAUCUCAUAUUAGCUGAUGCAGCAUCGGGACCUUGAAUUAAAAGGGACAAAUAAGUUUUUCAAUUAAGUGACAGUCCUUCGAGUUUUGAAAAUUAGAUAAAAAAGACAAAAGGAAAAUUUAAUUUUUUUUAAACACUUUCGCUCCAACAACUUUUCACAGUUAUUGAACAAUUUUGCAAAGUUAUCGAACAGCUCUGAUAGUUGUCAAACAACUCUGAUAAUUGUUCGAUAACUUUCAAAGUUGUUCAAUAAACUAUCAAAUAAUUAUCUCAAUUAUUUAAGCUACUUGAUUCAAAUCUUUAAAAGUAAUGUGGGACCCAGUUAUCCUUUUUUUUUUUUUUAAUGAAAGACUUGGGUCUUCCUUCUGGCUCAUUUUUCUCUGUAGCAUCUUUCUUAUUCCUAGGGUUUCUCAUCUUCUUUCCUAUACACACAUUUCCAGUUCAUACAUUUUCUGUUUGUGCUUACCAGAUUAUAAUUUGACAAUAAACAUUCUUGAAAUAUUAUUUUCUUUUUCCUCUUGG